GACUCGAUUAGAAAAUUACAACUAUUUAGCUUCUUAGACAUAAACAUGGUCACAUAUGGAUCGGACCUAUGAACACGCACAGUGAAACUAUAGAUAGUGGAACUUGUGACAAUCAAAGAAAUAUGAAAAUCAUCGAACAUCUAGGACCUCUCAAUCCUCGACGAUAAGAGAAAUCCAAUCAACACCCAUCUUGGACCUCUCUUUUGCUUCUUCAAUUCUCACGUCCACAAAUCACAUUCCCACCAUUUUCCCCCUCACACUUUUCUAUUUUCCCAUAGGGACCAAGGCAUAUUUUUCAGUAUUACCAAGGCAAAAAAGAAAUAGAGGAAGAGUGUCUUGUGUGUUGUGUACUGAGAUCACUAAAAUGGCCAGCUCAGCAGCACCCCGAACUCUAUGCGGCAUUCCGACAAGCACCUCGUCGGCAUCCUCCACCAGGGCCACCACCACUGCUUCCCUCAGUCUCCCUUCCACCCGUUUCCUUCCCAGGACUUCUCUCCGCGGGCUGAGCUCUGUUGGGUUCGGGUCUGACCCGACUUUCUCACACCACGUUGCCACAAAGCUCCGAUCUUUCAAGUCGUAUGGGAAGCCUGUCAGGGGAGUCGCCUCCAUGGCCAAGAAGAGCGUGGGUGACCUCACUGAGGCGGACUUGAAGGGCAAGAAGGUCUUCGUCAGAGCUGAUUUGAAUGUCCCACUUGAUGAAAACCAGAACAUCACUGAUGAUACUAGGAUCAGAGCUGCUAUUCCCACUAUCAAGCAUUUGAUUUCUAAAGGGGCUAAGGUUCUUCUCUCUAGUCAUCUGGUGAGUCAAUCAAACAUUCCCCUCAACAAAGUAUUUGUCUGCUUAUCUAUAGUUUUGAAGAAGGCCAUUUUGGCUUCAAGUGUGUCGUUGAUGUGAUUAGGCAGUGACUUAAUCAUUUGUUGCUCGUCGUUGUGUGUGUGUGUUUUCGGGCGUUUUUUUUUUUUUUUUUAAUUUUGUUUGGUUAUUCUUUCUUAAUUUUGGUGACAUUGUAAAAGUUGUUUCUGCUGCAAUUUUGUUGAUUGAUUGCCAUUCUACAUUGUUCAAUUAAUUCUCCUGUGAUCACUAUUCAUUUGCAUUGCUUCUAAUUAAUCAAUAAUUUACCAUGGAUAUGUCUCCUUUGUGAUCUAUGUUUACAUGGAGUUAAAAAGAAAAAGUUCCUGUUGUUAAUGUAAAAUUUCUAAAUGGCGUAGGAGUAAGCUGAAUUGUUUGGUUUGAUAUAUGUAUACCUGUAUUGAUUCAUUUACUAGAAAAGGAAGAAAUUUCACCUUUUGUAUCUAUCAGGAACAACCAAGGAGAGAAGUUAUCAUGCUAUUCAUCAAGAACAAGAUAGCAUUAAUAUUUUAUUUUUAGAUUUUCCUACCUAGAAACCCUUUUUUUGUUUCCAUGGAUAGUAUGUUUUUUGGCUGCUGUUUAAGUGGCUCCAUGGUUGAUUUCUGUUUAUUUGCAUUCUUCUAAUGUUUAAAAUGAUUUCUGUUGAUGAAUCUUUCUGCAUUUGUCCCGGUUUGCUUAAUAACUUGAUAGAAAGCUCUCAAUGUCUCCAGGGUCGACCAAAAGGCGUGACUCCAAAAUACAGCCUUGCUCCCCUUGUCCCAAGGUUGACUGAAUUACUUGGUAUUCAGGUUGUGAAGGCUGAUGACUGCAUUGGACCAGAGGUUGAAAAGUUGGUUGCUUCACUUCCCGAAGGUGGCGUUCUUCUUCUUGAGAAUGUGAGGUUUUACAAGGAGGAAGAGAAGAAUGACCCCGAAUUCGCAAAGAAGCUUGCCUCUUUAGCUGAUCUUUACGUGAACGAUGCCUUUGGUACUGCACACAGAGCUCACGCCUCUACAGAAGGUGUUACCAAAUUCUUGAAACCUUCUGUGGCUGGGUUCCUCUUACAAAAGGAAUUGGACUAUUUAGUUGGAGCUGUCUCAAGCCCGAAGAGGCCUUUUGCUGCCAUUGUGGGUGGAUCAAAGGUUUCAUCAAAGAUUGGAGUCAUCGAAUCACUUUUGGAGAAGUGUGACAUCUUGCUUUUAGGUGGAGGAAUGAUCUUCACGUUCUACAAAGCUCAAGGUCUUUCGGUGGGGUCUUCAUUGGUAGAGGAGGACAAGUUAGAUCUUGCAACAUCACUUCUUGCAAAGGCUAAGGCUAAAGGAGUCAGCCUCCUGCUCCCUAGUGAUGUUGUUAUCGCAGACAAGUUCGCUCCUGAUGCCGAAAGCAAGGUCGUUCCCUCAACCAGCAUUCCAGAUGGAUGGAUGGGAUUGGAUAUUGGACCAGAUUCGGUUAAAACAUUCAAUGAGGCAUUGGAGACAACACAAACCGUUAUCUGGAAUGGUCCAAUGGGUGUGUUUGAAUUUGACAAAUUUGCUGUUGGAACUGAGGCCGUCGCUAAGAAGCUAGCUGAUUUAAGUGGGAAGGGAGUGACAACAAUCAUUGGUGGAGGAGAUUCAGUGGCGGCUGUGGAGAAGGUCGGGGUUGCAAACGUGAUGAGCCACAUAUCGACCGGAGGUGGUGCAAGUUUGGAACUUUUGGAAGGCAAAGAGCUUCCAGGUGUGAUUGCUCUGGAUGAAGCCCUAGUUGCUGCUUAGGAAAACCUUGCAGGCAUUCUUUUAUCUUCUUUUUAUUUUUGGUGGGGAAAUGACAUUUGUGUUUGUGAAAGAGCAAUGAUUAGGAAGAUUAUGAAAUAUAUGUAUCAUUUGUAUCCUAUCCAUCCAGCAAAAGAUGAAAAGAGGUAUAUGACGAGGUGAAUAAACAUUAUUGACCAAAAUACUGUAAUAGCACCCCGAUUUGCAUGUCUUUUUCCUGUAUACAUAUUUUUAUUACACGAGGAGUUUAUUAUAAAAAAAGGGGUCGAAUAACUGGAGGAAGACGUGUUAUGAACACAGUGAAACAACUUUUCAUGAACAUUUGGUGUUACACAUCUGUGCAUCUUUUGGUUGGACUUUCUCUGCUCUGAAAAAUACCUGUUGAUAACACUGGGAGAUUAUGACUCUACAUUAUAUCUAUAGAUCUUCAUCAUCAACAAACCACUUGAGGAUGAAAAUGCUCAUAAAGUUGAAAAAAUGGUCGGUUGUUGUCACUCUUGACUCGGCUAACCACCACAUAUGAUGCCUGUGAAUUGAUGUGUCACGCUUAGCUUUUCUAUCACGCGAAUCUGGAAUCUGUUCUGUGGUUCAAUCCAUCCAAAUAAAUAAUUGAAUACAAUAAUCUUUUCCAGAAAAUGGUGACUUCAGUCUUCUCAAUUCAGCCUCAUUAUCAUUGUUCCAGAAAAUGGUGACUUCAGUCUUCUCAAUUCAGCCUCAUUAUCAUUGCUC